ACAUGUUAUUACUGUUAUUGUUGUUAUCGUUGUUACAAUUCAGGAAAUUUAUUUUACUACCACGAUUAUUGUAAAUUAGAUAUAAAAAUUUACUUUACAUGUACGUAGUUUUUUGUUUUGUCUUGUGAAUGCAUGUAGUUUAAACUUGUGUUUUAAGUGGAUUUUCUAAAACAAUUAAAUGAUAAAAAGAAAUUCAAUGGUUUAUUGAAACUAUUUCUGAUCAAACUAUUUAUUCAUGUACAGACACUUUUUUUUACAAAAAAAAAUUUACUCAGUUGAAGGAAUUAUGCAUACCAUCAGACCAGAUAUAACAUAUCACAAGUUUUCUCUGUACAAUAACAUUUGAAUAAUUUCAGAAAAACAAAAGUAUAUUUUAAUGUUUAUUAUAAAUAUCAUCUAUUUAGUCGUUUUUCAAAUAAAUUUUAAUCAAUUUUUAAUAUGGAACAACCAAAAUUCUUAACUGGAUGGACACCAGUUGUUAGAACAUUUGUCAAUAGUAAUAGAGCUGUUAAAGCAUUAUGGGCUCUUUUUGCAACAUGUAUGGUGAUAGCAUUAGUUAGCUCUGUUAGUGUAGUCAUACAUAAAUAUUUAACUUAUGUAACAGUUGUUCGAUUAGAUCAAAGAGGUCCAAAAGAUGGUGUUCCUCCUCCAGCAGUAACUAUAUGCUUAAAUGAACAUCAAACCAAAUAUCUUCAUUCAGAGUAUUAUAAAACAGAUUCUAAAUUGAAUAUUGUACAAGGAGCAACUAAAUCUUGUCAACUUAAAUCUGGAAUCAUAUGGGAUUCUAGGGUUGAUGCUAUUUCAAAAUUCUAUAACUAUACAAAACAUUUCCAAGUAACAUUUCGUACUGAACCACCUGGAUGCUAUUCACUUAAUGUUAUGGAACAAGUUCCAUGGCCUCCUGAUUCAAUUUGUACUACAUUUCAAUUGGUACAAGUUGGACUACUAAAUACAACAUUCUGGAAAAUAUUUCACACGGAUGUCAGGUUAACUGAAGUGAAUCAAACAUUACUCGGUCGACCAUUAAUCAUUACACAUGAAACAAACAGUUUCCCGUUUGAUAAUUACGGUCGUUAUUUAUAUGAAUACAUGAAUCCUGGGUCAUUAUUAAAUGUAUUCUAUAGCAAGAGCAUAACUAAACGAUUAAAUACUCGUCGAAAUCCAUGUACUUCAAGGCCAAUUAAUUUAUUAGGUAACAGUUUCGAUUAUGAUCAAAUCACAUGUCAGUGGCAUACGGUUUGUGCACGAUACAACAAAGAAUGUAAUUGUACAUGCCCUUUGGAAUUACUUCGUCUUCGAUUGGAUCGUGAGAUCAAAAGUAGAGCUUCGAAUAAGUCAUUCUUUUUUAACACUGAUCAUAACCGUCAACAAUAUCGAUCUAAAAAUUAUUGUCCACCUAAUUGUCAACUUGACUAUCGUAUAGCCUUUGUGAAUAACUCUAUAUGUCCAUUGGCAUGUCGUACAGUAACUUAUAAAAAGUUAAAUGAAGUUCUAGACAAUAUUACAGAUCGUUCAGUUGUACAAUUAGAAUUAAUUCAAGCAGAAGGUUUAACUGAACUGACUGAGGAAGCGUUGUAUUCAUUGCCUAAAUUAUUUAGUGAAAUAGGUGGAUUAAGUUCAUUCUGUUUUGGAUUUAGCUGUAUUCUGUUUUUCGAAUUAUUGGAAUUAGCUUUUUGGUUAAGAUGUACUUAUCGUUCACAAUUUCUUGAACGUGUAACAAAGAUGUUAGGACAACACAUGGAAAUUAUUGAAGAACCUAAUGACAAGACUUUCAAAAAUCUUCAAAAUACAACUAAUAAACUAUCAUUUACAGAAAAUGUUUGGCAAGUACAAGAUAAACGAUGUAAUAAACUACAUAACAAAAACACUAGCUCACAGGUGCAAAAACAAAGAAAAGAUGUGUCAUUACGUCCAGUUACUUCAGUAUCAAAAUGGACUUCACAUGACAAACUAAAAGGAAAAUCAUAUAAAUGUUCAUUAAUAUGUAUACCAACCCGGUUGAAAUCUCGCAAAUCAAAUCGUAUUGAAUUAAACCCAUUAAAAAUGUAUAAAGUUGAUGGUACACGCUUAAGUGAAUAUCCUAAAGAUCAAGAUAGCCCAUUAAUCGGUUUAAAAUCGCAAAAAACUUUUCUUUCAGAAGAACCUACAUUGGAAAUACAUCGAAGUUCUUCUAAAUAUGUUCAAUAUCCAAUGAAUUUAUCUGCCUUCAAUGAUAAAGUUCAGAUUUUAACAGUUCCGGUUAUUUUAAAUAAUCAUUUAUUUCAAGUUGCUAUAGACUACGAGAUAGCUUUAUAAAAAUGGUUAUAUGAAUAUAGUUAUUUAUAUAUUUUCAUUUUAUGACAUUAUUAUUUUAUUUUUGAAACAAAUACCCAAACUAUCAUCAAUUUAUAAUGUAUUGAAGAUCAUAAAUUAAACAUUUCUUUGAAUAAAUCUUCAUUAUGAAAUGAAUAUUUUCCAAAUUCAAAUAAACUUCAUAAAUAAUUAGCUUAUUAAAAUAAAGAAUUUGUUAGAUGAUGUAUAAAAUUUUCAUAUAUUGAACUUAUUGAGUGUA